AUGCUCAUGACAGAGACUGCUGCGUCGGCGCAAUUUUAUCCUCAGAAGAACAAUACCCAGUACGCGCGCAAGAGAUUGCCGCACGACCAACCCCUCGACUACCACGCCGAAACAGACCCGAGUCACUUGACAGCCACUUCCAACAUGAAUGGCAUUGCGGGCACUGCCCCACAGGGCAACAUGUACGUCCGCGCCUUGUACGACUACGAAGCGGAGGAUCGAACGAGCUUGACCUUCAACGAAGGCGACGUCAUUUGCGUUCUCAACAGAUUGGAGACCGGAUGGUGGGACGGCGUUUUGAACGGUGUGCGCGGUUGGUUCCCCUCCAAUUAUUGUGAGGUCAUCACAAACCCGGACGAGAUGCCGCAGGUAGAAGACGAACCAUUGGGAGAGGAAGACGAACAUGAGUUUGAAGAACAGUUCGACGACGAAGAGGACGAGUCGGAUCACGAUGGAACAAACGGGCUGCCUCUCGAGGGCACGCAACCUGGCGACAAGUCGAGAGCCGAUUUCUGGAUACCACAAGCAACUCCAGACGGCCGCUUGUUCUACUACAACAUGAUGACGGGUGACCGCAGCAUGGAACUUCCUCUUGAGUCCCCCGUGUCGGCCAGUGAGACUGGGCCCCGAGACCGUAUGAACGUCAGCAUACCAGAUCGAACACGCCCGCCACCUGAGAUGAUGGCCCGCGGUUUGACGCAGGACGAAGACGAGGAUUCAGAAACGAACUCAGCAUCUGAGAUGGAGGGCGAGUCACUAAUGCUUGCCUCUCGAGGUUCAGGGACUCGCAAUCGUCGCUCACAUAACGAGAGCAGCCUGUCGCCUUCAACCUCGAUGGACUCUAUGAAUGGAGCUUCCCCCGCGGCCCGUCUGAAAGGCGAUCCCUUUACCACCCAGACCCUGGGCGUGACACCAACACCCAUGAUCGCCUCGGCCACUUCGUUUACCAGCACGUCAUACAAUGCACCGCCAACAAGUACCGUACCGCGCUCGUUCUUUGACGAUGGUUCGACUCCACCCUUGACGUGGACGCGCCUUGUCUCCAACAUGCGACGAGCCGUAGAUCGCUAUCGCGAAGCCAUAACAAACAACAGCCGCUCCGAGUAUGUCGCACGUGCCGAAGACAUCUCAGAUCAUCUUAGACUGCUUCUUGCCGCUGGAUCUGGUACUACGGACAACCAUUCCGGUCAGCCAUCAAUUAUAUCGACAAACAAAGCCCUCUACCCUCAUUUCCGAGACAUGAUGUCCAAGUUCUCGAAGCUCGUCAUCUCUUCUCAUAUCGCUGCCGCGGAUUGGCCAAACGCCGAAUCGGUCCAGAAAUGCCUGCAAGAAGCCGAUGGUGUCCUGCUUGGCGUCUUCAGCUACGUUGAGAUUGCUCGGCAGCAGCGUGGAGAGGAAAUUCCACGACUGUUUCCCGGGUUCGUCGUCGGCAGUUCCACGGGUGGCAGUUGGCAAAACAAUGGACUAGGACCACGGGACCCUAUUACCGCGAAUUUUCUUGAGGACGAGGAGGGCGUCAUCGAGCCUACUGCUGGACUCGACGGCAAGCUGCUUGAGAGACUAGACGAGCUGAAACGCAUGCUCGUCUUUAGUAUUCGAGAGCUGGACAAGAACCUCGUCGUUGCCGAAAAGAUAGUGACGCCUUUCAGACACGAGGUCAUUGGAAAUAAUGUCUGCUCGGCCGGGAGCAAAGUUCUGGAGACUUUCAAGCCUUGGAUCGCAAUGGUUGAAUCUAUCAACAUGUCAUCCUUAGGCAACAGCUUCCAGACGCCCCAGCUAGCCGACUUCAGCGUCAACAAACAGAGUCUCUACGACAACAUCUCCGAUUUGCUACUGGCUUGUCAAGCUGUAGCAGGGCCGCUCGCAGAUGAAUGGGCAGAGGUCCGAGGCGAAGCCCUGGAAAAUCGACUCGAAUACGCCAGGCAGUGCGCCAAGGCUCUGGAGACGAACUCUUCCCACGUCGGUUUCUCUCUGCAACUUUUGUCAGAGCAGGUUUCCAUCAACCAGCAGCAGCAGCAACCUCAAGCACCAGCUCAAGCUCAAGCUCAAGCCCCGCCUCAACAUCAACUACAGCAGCUAGAACCUGCGCCAAGAGAUGUUUUCUCGCAACGUGAUCAGCUCCGAAGGGGUGAAACUAUGCCGUAUGAACGUCCGCACCAACGCAGCGAGUCCAGGACAGCCCCAACGCGCCCUCCGCUGCUGACCUCACAUUCGUUCAGCGAAGGUGACCCCACAGGCGGUAGCUUCAGGGGGGAUUACUCCAAGGUCAAGAAAAUCCUGGGAGAUGACCCGAACCCUCAGAGCUCCGUGCAGCAGCAACUCGAUGAUACGCCUGACUUCUUACUCCUGGACUUGGAGGCUGAUCUUUCAUGGGAUACGAAAACGCAGCCUCCGACAGUCAAAGGAGGCACGCUGCUGGCCCUCGUAGAGCAACUGACGCGCCACGACAAGUUGGACUCUAACUUUAACAAUACCUUUCUUCUCACAUAUCGAUCUUUCACUUCAGCAAGAGAGCUCUUCGAGCUUCUUGUUGGUCGUUUCGGCAUUCAGCCGCCGGAAGGACUGGCACCCACUGAUUUCGAGCUUUGGAGAGACAAGAAACAAAAACUCAUUCGUGUGCGUGUAGUCAACAUUCUGAGGAGCUGGUUCGACAACUUCUGGAUGGAGGAUUUCAACGAAGAGUCCAAGCAGUUAAUACGCGAUGUCUAUGCCUUCGCUCGGGAAACCGUCAAAUCCACCGAAACACCUGGUUCAGCGCUCCUCAUGUCGAUAUUGGACCAGCGCCUAAGUGGUAAGGAAGCAGGCACUCGACGCAUCAUUCAGACGGCCAACCAGAGCACGCCUGCGCCCAUCAUGCCGAAGAACAUGAAGAAGCUUAAGUUCCUCGACAUUGAUGUUACCGAGUUUGCCCGCCAGCUUACGAUCAUCGAGUCGCGACUCUAUGGCAAGAUCAAACCAACCGAGUGCCUGAACAAGACGUGGCAAAAGAAGGUUGCCGAUGGGGACCCUGAACCAGCACCCAAUGUCAAGCUUCUGAUUCUUCACUCUAAUCAGAUGACGAAUUGGGUCGCUGAGAUGAUCCUAGCCCAAAUGGAUGUGAAGAAACGCGUCGUUGUCAUCAAGCACUUUGUUGCGGUCGCUGAUAAAUGCCGGAGUCUCAACAACUUCUCUACCUUGACGUCCAUUAUCUCAGCCCUCGGGACUGCGCCCAUUGCCCGCCUGAAACGUACAUGGGACCAGGUCCCUCAGCGAACCCAGGGUGUACUGGAGAACAUGCGACGACUCAUGGCCAGCACCAAGAAUUUUGGCGAGUAUCGCGAGUCGCUUCAUGUGGCAAAUCCACCAUGCAUCCCCUUCUUCGGUGUCUACCUGACCGAUUUGACUUUUAUCGAGGAUGGUAUCCCAUCAAUCAUCAAGAAAACCAACCUCGUCAAUUUUGCCAAAAGGUCGAAGACAGCUGAGGUCAUUCGUGAUAUCCAGCAGUACCAAGCCGUAGGAUAUUCUCUGCAGCCGGUCCCCGAACUACAAGAGUAUAUAAUCUCAAAUAAGCAAGCUGCUGGCGAUGUGCAUGAGAUGUACGACAAGAGCUUGCAGGUUGAGCCUCGCGAGCGAGAAGACGAGAAGAUUGUCAGAGUUCUUGCAGAGUCGGGCUUCCUCUGA